UCCCCUACCCUCCCCGUCCCCGCAAGGAGACACGACGCUCGGUUUGGACUGGUCCUAACGAAAAAAGGGAGUACUCGUAAUCGAGCCACUCUUAGCCUACUGAUCAAUGAUGAAGAGGCUAGUUUGUCAAAAAAAUUUCAUUAACUUUCCAAAAGGUUUUGUCAAUAGUAGAUGCCUCUUAUAAACGCAGGAAACCACCUUGAAGAUCCUUAAUGGAGCUUCUUUUUCACUGUUCUCUAUUUGCUUCCAGAUCAUGUACCGCUUUCCAGAAUCUCUCCAAUCCGAGAUCAGGCUUUAUUUGAAUCACAGUUUGUUCGAUCAGUUUGAUAUUUUUGAGGGUGUAACUGAAGGUUGUUUGCGGGCGUUGGCCUCAGUAUUCCGUAUCGAAGUGUUUCCUCGACAACAUUAUCUGAUAAAAGAAGGAGACGUGGUAACCAAGCUGUUCUUUAUCGUGUCCGGCAGUGUCAACGUGAUGAACGGAAAUCAGUGUGGGAGAUGUUUAGGUAAGAUUAAUCAGCUGGCCCCAGUUGGUCAAGUCAAAAGGUGGAUAGCGCUAUCCACUGGAAAAUCUCUAUCCAGUGGAUAACGCAAUAGGUUUUCCUAAUACUUAUCCACUGAAUAAUUAAAGAUUUAUCGAGUGAAUAGCGCUAUCCACCUUUUGACCUAAUCUCUUACCCAGAUCUCCCACGGCCAAGCGAAAGGGAGAUUUUAGUGUAAAACAGAGUGAGAUCUGGGUACGAGAUUACUUUUGACUAACUAGACCCUGCAGUAUAAAGCGGUCACGACAAUAAGCAUCAAUAACAAGAAUAUAUUCUAUCGAAAGGAAUUUAUUUUAUCGUUAUGAUGAGCCACUAGUUAUUCAGAAAACUGCUUCUUUCUCGUGAUUUUCCCACGACCCAUGAAAAUUAAACCUGCAUGACCGUUUAGUAAACGAGGGUAGAGCGCGAAUAACGAGACAGCUCACCUAACUCUCACGCGCUGUCUUUAUAAUUAAUUUUAGUCAGUCACUCACUUUAAAAGCAUCAGGCUCAGCUACUUGGCUACCGGUGAUAUAGAUUCUAUGGUAGGCCAGACAAAACUGAAUUAAAGCUCGCUCAAUUUCAAGAUCAUGAAUUACAUGGCAAUGACAUCAAAUAACGUAUUUCCUCGAAUGAGCACCCGAGCGCUUAUUUUAAAUUUUCGCUAAAAGGAGGGGCGCUUAUUGGGAGGAAGGCGCUUAAUCAAGGGGACGCUUAUCACAUCCUCCUUUAAAAACCAAAAACUGGGAAAUCAUCCAUGCAAACGCAAAAUCAAUAUUAGUGUCUUUCGUUUGUCAAAACAGUGCUUGAUAAUCAAGCAUACCAUAGUCCAUACACUUUGAAAACUGCAUGUUUCCUCUUGUUUUCCCAUCAUCUAAAAAAGUGAGGUUACGGUGAGGGGGCCCUUAUUCGAUAUUAGAGACCUUUAGAUUGGAGAACGAUAAGGACUUUGAGUACGAGAUUUAAUUUAAGGUUUUUUUUUGGCCUUUUGUAAAAAAAUAGACACCCAGGAAUGAAUUAUUUUACUUUUUUUCACCUGAAACGUUAGCACUUGUCUUUAUUGGAGGAGGUUAAGCUCUCUCUCGAUCGUAAACCAAUAAUACUGUUAACUUUGAUGACUUGUUUCCCGGCACUACGAGAUUUUCUCUAAACUCGUCAUAGAACGACGACGGCUAUCACAUUUUCCCGCCAAAAUGGCGCUGGCUCACGCGCGCGCACUACUCAGUACUGAGAAAAGUUUGUACUCGUUGUCGUAAUCGUCGUAGAGGAUCUCUAUUAUGGCUUUUGGGGUGGGCGCUUAUUCGAGGAAAUUCAGACAGACCAAAGCCAGGGCAAUCUCUGAUAGUUUGACUCUUUUUAGGAGCUGGGGAUGUGCUUGGAUGCAGCAUGUUGCCACGUGGUUGCUAUUCUAAGGCUUGUGUAAGCCUGGUCGCUAAGAUUAGUUGCCAGGUUCAUCUGAUCUCCUGGCGGGACCUUGCGGAAGUUAUGAAAGUGUACCCUGAGAUUAAAGAGCGUAUUUUGGAAGAAAUGGAGCUGUCGUGUAACCUGAGCUCCACUAAAAUGGUAUGUUCAAAAAUGAAAUUUUUUUUCCAUCGAGUUGUUAAUAGUAGCAUUGAGCCAAUUGCACACGAUUACCCAAGUAUACAACUCGUUCCUGUGCUGGGUUGUGAUUAUCUGAUUUAGAAAGUGUUUGUGAAACCUGAAGGUAUAGCCAGGAACCAUGAUCGGCAAAGAUAGUCCUGUCUUUUUGUUAGCUUUUUGUUGGCACUGCUUUCUUAUCGCCUUUUUGGCGACUAAGGUGGGGAGAUUAGGGGUUGUAUUAGAUCGUACCUUUCUCCAAAGUGGACGUUACUAAUUCAAAACAAUUUUUAGUAACGAGUUUCAUUUUUCUUUUAGCCCCUGAAGAAGGUUUGUUUUCAAACCGAAAUAAUGGGCAAAGCUGUUUAAAUAUUUUUUGGUUUUAUUCCUUUGUUUACUUGUUCAACACCUUGCCGUAGGGAUCAGUUUGCAAUUUUAUAUUUUAUACUAGUUGUUAUUGCAAUGAUCCCGAGGUCUACAAUUGGGAGAUCCGGCACUACUCAACGGUUUGUCACUGCGGACUUGCUGUUUUUUAAUAUUUUGGAUGUUACUAAAACAAGGAACGGGGAGCAAUCACGGAAAAACAGAAAAAGAAAAAUGGGAACAAAACCUCAAACUCAAGUCCCAUCAGUAACUUCAUCAAAUUCUCUGUUUUCUUCCCUUUUUCAUUUUAUGUUUCCGCGGUCAUUCACUGUCCCACGUUUACGUUAACAUCCCCCAAAGUGGAAUUUGUUACAUUUUAAGAUGUUAUCUCUAUCUCAAGGGAACUAAAAAUUCCAUGAAGAAAGACCAAGAUCAAGACCAUGUUGAAAUGAUUACCAUGGCUGUCCAAAAUGACCAAGAAUGGAAAGCUCCGCAAAGGCGGGGGAUGGGUAGUUUCGUUUCAGGUAACACUCCUCGUGCACAUAGAAGCGACGGUUUUGGUGACCAGUACACUGAUCAAGAAGAAUUGUUCACGCCAGACAAGCAAACUUUGGAACAACUGGAAUCCAAACUAACUCGCAUGGAAGAUUUACUUUUAAAGAUCCUUGUUUCGUUACAAGACAAAGACAAUGUUACCAUGAGGGACAAACCGUCAGGUGCAAGCACAUCCUAUGUGUGA